ACUUCUGAAGGACUUGGGCCAGUUGCUUGAUAGUAAAUUAGAAAAUAUGGCAACCAAAAAGGAGUUCUCUCAACUCACGGGGCAAGUGUCGGAGUUACAAAAGGAGAAUAUUGUACUAAGGAAACAAAUAGAGGACUUACAACAGAGAGAGAGUGUGGUUAUGUCUAGGUUAGUCGAUCUUGAAGGAAGAUCUAGGCGUAACAACCUCAUAUUUAGGGGGUUGAAGUGGUCCAAGGAAACUCGUAACUUCAAUGAAAUCGUGCGAAAGUUUUGCAACGAUGUUUUCGGGAGUGCGGAUACUAUAUUUGUAAAUAGAGCCCACCCUCUAGGGGGAAGUAACAAUGCAAUCAUUGCACACCUACCAAAUGACGCCGACAUCUACUAUAUUAUGUCACGUGUAAGAGAGUUAAAAGGCACCGGUUAUUCAGUGCAUAGAGACUAUCCUAAAGAAGUGCGUGAAAAACGAGCAUGUCUGUCAAAGCUUAGAGACGAAAUUGAAAGUGUGGCGGGGAAACAAAAGAAUAAGAUAUCAUUAUAUUUCGACCAUAUGACUUUCAAAGGACAUCGGUUCACAUGGGAGGGAGGUGAACUAAAGGCAGGCAACCAGGAUGGUGCUCAAUUGUUGCAGACACUCUUCAAACGUGAUUUUUCAGACUUCUUACGUGAUCUUAAAGUACCCAGAUCAACAGUAGUGAUGGACAUAUCGACAGAGAGGACAACAGCUUCAACAACGCAGGGGUCGGCGAGUGCUACGGGUACGUCGAAGAACGUGUCAGUUUCAACACCUACGCAGUCGCCUCGCGUUUCCAACCACGACAAUGAGUGAGGAGGUGACGCCAAUCCAUCUACAGAGGGACUAACUCCAAACCACAACCCAACGACGACCGGGCUUACUCAAUUCAAGGUUUUAUCUUAUAACGUUUGUGGAUUAAAAAAUAAGGUGAUAUCAGGGAGUAUUGGUUUGGAAAACGAAG